AACUGCCCCUCUUCCUCUGUCUCUCCCACUCUUGCUCUUGAUCUCUCUCCCCCUCCCCCCAGGCCCAGAACAAGCACAGGGAGGGUUGUCUUAAUAUUAGUGACUUAAAAUGAUGCUUUUGAACAAGAAGAUGCUGGCUACUUUUGGUGAUUAGCACCAUCCCCACUUUUUUUCUCUUACAUCCCUGAGCUAUUGUUUACUAAUACAUUCUUUUAUUUCUAUUUCUACUAACGCUGAAAGUUACUUGGGUGGAAAGCGUAAUUGCUUUCUAUUUUAGGUCCUUCAACCCUUUGCUAGUGUUUCUGUCUGAGAGUUCCCAAAACCGGGGUUCUAGGAGAGUUUGGCAUGUCUGAACAGCUGACCCACAAAAUAAUGGAGUAGGUCCGGCCGGGCCUGCCGGCCUUUAGGUGCUGUGCCGUGCUGAGACCUGGGUCAUGCCCGUGCGCGCAGAAAGCCCCUGAAGCUCGCCUGGAGGAAGGAGCAUGCAGGGCACCCUCCGAGGAGGCUCGGGCCCUGGGCUCUGUGCUGUGGGCCGAUGGACGCUCCUGGUCUGCAGCUUUUUCCUGGCAUCAGCUUUGGGCCAAAUGAAUUUCACAGGAGACCAGGUUCUUCGAGUCCUGGCUAAGAAUGACAAGCAACUUUCACUUCUCAGGGACCUGGAGGGCCUGAAGCCCCUGAAGGUGGACUUCUGGCGUGGCCCAGCCAGGCCCAGCCUCCCUGUGGACAUGAGAGUUCCUUACUCUGAACUGAAAGACGUCAAAGAGUAUCUGGAGUCUCACGGCCUCGCUUACAGCAUCAUGAUAAAGGACAUCCAGGUGCUGCUGGAUCAGGAGAGAGAAGCCAUGGCGAAGUCCCGUCGGCUGGAGCGUAGCACCAGUAGCUUCAGUUACUCCUCUUACCACACCCUGGAGGAGAUAUAUAGCUGGAUUGACAGCUUUGUAACUGAGCAUGCAAAUAUUGUCUCAAAAAUUCAGAUUGGCCAGAGCUUUGAAAAUCGGUCCAUUCUUGUCCUGAAGUUCAGCACGGGAGGGUUUCAGCGCCAGGCCAUCUGGAUCGACACUGGAAUUCACUCCCGGGAGUGGAUCACCCAUGCCACCGGCAUCUGGACUGCCGACAAGAUUGUCAGUGAAUAUGGCAAGGACUGCAUCCUGACCAACAUACUGGACACCAUGGACAUCUUCCUGGAGAUCGUCUCCAACCCUGACGGGUUUGCUUUUACCCACAGCAUGAACCGCCUGUGGCGGAAGAACAAGUCCAGCCGACCCGGAGUCGCCUGCAUUGGUGUGGAUCUUAACAGGAACUGGAAGUCGGGCUUUGGAGGAAACGGUUCUAAUGAUAACCCAUGCUCAGAGACUUACCACGGGCCCUACCCUCACUCGGAGCCGGAGGUGUCUGCCAUUGUGAAGUUCAUCACAGACCAUAGGAACAUCAAGGCUCUGAUCUCCAUCCACAGCUACUCUCAGAUGCUCAUGUACCCUUACGGCUACUCGCUGGAGCCCGUUUCAAGCAAGGAGGAGUUGUGCAAUCUCUCCAAGAGCGCAGCGCAGGCCCUGUACAAGGUCCACGGGAUGCAGUACACUUACGGCAGCAUCAGCACCACCCUCUACAUGGCCAGUGGGGUCACCGUCGACUGGGCCUAUGACAGCGGCAUCAAGUACUCCUUCAGCUUUGAGCUCCGGGACACUGGGCAGUAUGGCUUCCUGUUGCCAGCCACACAGAUCAUCCCCACGGCCCAGGAGACGUGGAUGGCAAUUCGGACCAUUAUGAUACACACCCUGAAUCACCCCUACUAGUAGCACGACAGGGCAGAGCAGGGGUGGUCAUCCUCUUCUCUGAGGCCUGGGGCUCCUUCUGAACCCCAAGUUAUACACCCCCCCAACCCCUUAGAAAAUAAAAGCAAGUUUGAACAGG